AUGAAGUCUAUAGUUAUAAUUCUCUUUGGGCUUGCCUUAGCCGACGGCGCCGCCAUCCAUCACCACAGCCUUCCAACGGUGGACCUUGGCUACCAAGUCCAUCGCGCCAUCUCGUUCGAUGAACACUAUAAGACGUACAACUUCACCAACAUUCCAUACGCUGAGCCUCCUCUGGGUCCUCUACGGUUCGCAGCACCUGUUUCCCCAAGAGGACGCAAAUCGGCAGUACAAGAUGGCAGAGUUGGAAAAGUUUGCCCGCAGGCAAAUCCCGAUUGGCUGGCAUUAGGCGAAAUGUUUACCGCGGCCUACGGACUCAACCAGCUGCCAUUCAACGUGACACAAGCAAAGGAGGUGCUAUCUAAGCUGCCGCCUCCCCCGGAGGAUGAUCGAAUCACCGAAGACUGUCUAGUCCUAGACGUUUUGGUUCCCCAAAGAGUAUUUGAUAAGAGACGCAGCAUUCACCAGAGGGGCCUGAAGCAGACCAAGGGAGCUCCAGUCCUGGUAUGGAUAUAUGGAGGUGGAUAUGUCAUUGGAGACAAGUCAAUGUUCGGAACCCCUAGCGAGCUCAUGGCAGCAAGCCAAGCCAAUGGCCAAGAUGGUGCCAUCUGGGUGGCCAUGAACUACCGUCUCGGCGCCUUUGGCUUUCUCUCCGGCCCUACGUUGCAGCAGAGCGGCGGCAGUCCGAACGCAGGGCUUUUGGAUCAAAGGCUUGCUCUAGAAUGGGUUCAGACAAAUAUUCAUUUGUUUGGAGGUGACCCUGAUAAUGUGUCUAUCAUGGGAGUCUCUGCUGGUGGCGGAUCGGUUAUGCACCAGAUCACGGCCUGGGGAGGUUCGAAGCCUGCACCUUUCCGUCGCGCUAUUCCGCAGUCGGCCGGCCUCGUCCCUGUUCCCGGAAACCGUGAGCAAGAGCAGACAUUCAACGACUUUUUGGCCCUUCUGAACGUCUCAACACUGAAUGAAGCAAGGGCACUGCCCUCGAGUGCGCUGUUGGCUGCCAACUUGAAGCAGGUCGCUGCUGCUCCAUAUGGUUCCUUUUCUUAUGGCCCAGUCGUCGAUGGCACUUUUGUACCUGGGAUGCCCUCAAAACUCAUUCUUCAGGGAGCUUUUGCUAAAGGUAUUGAGAUCUUUUCCACAUACAACAGCCACGAGGGAAUCAUUUUCACCGAUCCUUCGGCCUUUGACAACGAGUCUCUGCUAAGGAAGCAGCUUGGAGCCAUUUUCACCUCAUUCACAAGCGAAGACUAUCAGCAUGUGUUUGAGACGCUCUAUCCCCCCAUGUAUGACGGAUCUCAACCGUAUACUGACGCCCUGGGGCGAGCGCAGCUGAUCAUUGCCGAGGCCGCGCUCACUUGCAACCAGAACUCCAUGAUCAAGGCCGCGCAGAAGCAGGGUGUUGCCGCAUAUGGCUUCCAAAACUCCGUUUGGCCAGCAGUACACGGCGGUGACCAGCCCUACCUUUUCUCCCACGGACCGACGCCGGGUGUUGACGCUCGAAUCGCAAGCAUCGCGAAGGAUGCCAUUGCUGGAUUCGUCAAUAACGGGUUGCCGAUCAAGUCAUCGGUCGGUGACAUCUCAUUCCCUCCUUACGGCCGGGAUGGUUUCAUUCUGAACUUUGUGGCUAAUUCUACCUCGGUAAUUCGAGACCCAACGUUGAAUGAACGAUGCGACUGGUGGCAGAAGGCACUGUACUACUGA